AUGGGCCAGAAGCGCACCUACACCGAAGCCAUGGAGGACUCCAGCAAACAGCAGCACACCUCCCCCUUCCUGCCCAUGUUCGAGGUCUUCCGUGCCGAACUGGACGAGCAUCACGACCGCCGCGAGCGCAUCAUCAAGGGCUCGCGCGACAUUACUGCUGCAAGCAAGAAAAUUAUCUUCUCUCUCCAGAGGAUGCGCAAGCUCGGACAACCAAUCCCUCCCCACAUCACCAAAGCGAAUGCACAGUACUGGGACACGAUCAAGAAGACGUAUGCUGCGGUCUCCAAAGACCUCCAGGGCAUCAAUGCCUACCGGUAUUCACGCAACAUCACAGGAGGCCACCAAGAGUUUAUGGAGUCUCUAAGCUUCCAACAUUACCUCGAAACUCAAUCCCUCAUCUCGUACGAAGAGUCAUGCACGAAGCUGGCAGAGCUGGGCGGCGAGGGCGGCGCCAUCCUGCUGACGCCCGAGGACUACAUUCUGGGCAUCUUUGACAUGGUGGGCGAGCUCAUGCGGUUUGCGGUCACAGCAAUGGCAACAAGCGGAGCGCUGCCGGGUGGAGAGUCUCGGCCCACGCCAGCAGCCUCGGCGGAGCAGAAAGAGGAUGCGAUGGACGUCGACAAGCCAGCGCAGAAGCCACGGAGCAACGUGUUGGAAGAUAUGCGGGAAUUGCGCACGCACCUUGAGAGUCUAGACAUCGGCGACCGGAAGUUCUCGGACGACGUGGACAAGAAGAUGGGGGUGAUGCGAAACUGCGUGGAAAAGGUCGAGAACGCGCUGUACGGGCUGAUCAUACGUGGACGAGAGCGGCCAAAGGGCUGGAUGCCCGACCUGGGAGGCGAGCGCCGGGGACGCGAGGAGGUCGAGGGCUUCUGA